AUGACCAUAAUUCCAGCUUCACUCUCUCAUCUCCUCUAUUCUCAAGCAAUCUCUCAACCCACCUCAAACAAAUACCAAACAAGGUACCAGCACUCCUCCGCUGACAAAAUGCCAGUUGCACUAGCUGACAUCCAAAUGGACGAUACUCCCGCCAACGUUCGGCCAAACACCUUCCUCCUCCCCGACUUCCCCGAUGGAGAUGGAGUCCCCAACUCCAACAACAACAGCCACCAAAUCGCUACCAACGGCUUCGGCCAGAACAACGGCUACCCACGCUGGCGCACCGCCGCGAAUCGCGCCUUGGGUCACCUCAUCUCAGGCAACGACGGCGACGAUGGCUUCGGUGACGAAAAGCCGAACGGUGACGGCAAGGGCAACGGUGGCAGAAACGAUAAUGGCCACAUAAAACUCGAUAAAAAGGCGGACCUUCAGUACACAAUUUUCGUUGGACUGCCACUUGGCACUCCCCGCGACAAUAUCUGGAUGGUCCUCAAUAGAGCUCGUAAUACUGUUCUGGACAAGCUCAACAACGCAGUGGCUUUAUACGCUCUUGGAUAUGCAGGUGCAGGGUGCGGAGACUAG